UCCCUGUCUGCUUCCCCGCUCCGCGGCAUCAUGGGCAUCCAGGGCCUGCUGCAGUUCAUCAAGGAGGCUGCCGAGCCUUCCCACGUGAAGAAAUACCAAGGAAUGACGGUGGCUGUGGACACCUACUGCUGGCUGCACAAAGGCGCCUAUGCUUGUGCUGAGAAGCUGGCCCGGGGAGAGCCCACGGAUUUUUAUGUAGGUUUCUGUAUGAAAUUUGUUCAUAUGCUCCUCUCAUUUGGAAUUAAACCAAUUUUGGUGUUUGAUGGAUGUACCCUACCAUCUAAGAAGGAAGUGGAAAAGGCACGACGAGAGAGGCGUCAAGCCAGUCUUUUGAAAGGGAAGCAAUUGCUGCAGGAAGGGAGACUGUCAGAGGCUAGGGAAUGUUUUGGGCGAAGUGUAAAUAUUACCCAUGCUAUGGCUCAUGAAGUUAUUAAAGCUGCACGAGCCCAGGGAGUUGAUUGUAUUGUUGCUCCUUAUGAAGCUGAUGCUCAGCUGGCUUAUCUUAAUAAGACUGGCAUGGUUCAAGCUAUAAUAACGGAAGACUCUGAUCUUUUAGCUUUUGGAUGUAAAAAGGUGUUUCUGAAAAUUGACAAGUUUGGAAAUGGACUAGAGAUAGAUCAAACUCGACUAGGAAACUGCAAGCAGCUUGGAAAUGUAUUUACAGAAGAGAAAUUCCGCUACAUGUGUAUUCUUUCUGGUUGUGACUACCUCCCUUCAAUUCAUGGAAUUGGGUUAGCUAAAGCAUGCAAGUUACUAAAAUUAGCCAACAAUCCAGAUAUUAUAAAGGUUAUUAAGAAAAUGGGGCAGUACUUGAAGAUGAAUAUAACAGUACCAGAAGAGUACAUACAGGGUUUUACACGAGCUAAUAAUACAUUUCUGUAUCAGUUAGUUUUUGAUCCUGUCAACAGAAAGUUAGUUCCUCUGAAUGCAUAUGGAGAUGAUAUUGAUCCAGAAACACUGACUUAUGCAGGACGUCAUGUUGGUGAUGAUACUGCUUUUCAAAUUGCUGUUGGCAAUAUUGAUAUCAAUACAAUGGAACAAAUUGAUAGCUAUAACCCUGACAUGGCACAGUCUGUGCAGCAGAGAAGUUGUGGCUGGAAUGACCGACGUGAUAAUCAUGUCAACAGCAUUUGGAGCAGAGAAUACAAGUUUGGCCUCACUGAAGAUCCUGCUCCUCCUAAAGUGCAUUUCCCAGAGAAACCAUUAACCAAAGGCAUGGAGAAAAUAAUUAGUGUUAAAGGACUAAAGCUUGCAGGCAAAGAGCUCUUCUCAAAAAGGCCAAGGAGUGAUUCAGAAGAGCUCUCAGAUGGAGAUCUGUUGAAGCAAUAUUCAUUUUCAAAAUCAAAAAAAAUCAAGAAGGAGAAUAAUGAUGGUCAAGCACAAAAGAGUGUGUCAGCAAUACAAGACCUUGAUUCUCCAGGAAUUUCCAUCUCUCAAGAAAGCUCUAACUCCCUACCCAGAAUUAGAAAUAAAUUUGCUUCCUUUUUACAAAGGAAAAACAAAGAGAAGGAUGCUGUAAUUGUUCCAGGAACAAGAAGCAGGUUUUUCUGCAAUGAUGCAGUUAUGUUUGACAGUAGAGCAAAGAAGGAAGGUGGUGCCCUAACUCAGGAUGCUGAGCAGGAUUGCCAGAUACAGGAAAUAAAACAUGUAGCUGAAGAUGUUUCUAGGUUUUCAGAAACUGAAAAAUCACCACAGACUGUCUUUACCCCUCCUGGAAAAAUGCAGAAAAGUUCUUCCCAGUGCUUUAGCGGCCUCAAAAGUAACUCGGGAAAUCUUGGUCCAUCUCAAACUGUAUUUUCACAGCAGUUUCACCAACAGAGAAACAACUGCAUUCUAUCCCAGGAAGAUCAGAUUAAUGUGGCAGUGUGUGAUGAAUCAGAGGAAGAGUCCUCCCCCUUAAUAGAACUGGAACAGUCAUCACAGUCUCAUGGGUCUUGUGAGCCAUCAGAAUGCAGUUUGGAGUCUUCAGAAAUCCUGCAAGUAUCCAGCAACAGCUUAGGUCCAAAGGAAUCUGAUUCUAGUUCAAAACUGAAUGAUGAUCAAUGCUCUCUGUCUCUGCUAUUUUCUGCUGUUCAAACUAACAAAAAAACCACAAUCAUAAAGACCAAGGUUCCUGGAUUACGUAAAUCCAGUAAUAUAAGGUCACAUAUGGCAACAAAGCUCAAGCCAUUGAUACCAGCUAAAGUAAGUGGACUAAGCAGGAAAAUGUCACCUGUGCAGAAGAAAAAGGACUGUGAUACUGAAAAUAAGCUGGGGCUACAAUCCACUAUUGGGGAACUCUGGAAAAGCUUCCAAUUUAAAAGAGAGUAUGAAAAACUUCCUUCUUGUAGAAAGUCAGAUCCUUUGUCUCCAAUCAAAGACAAUAUACAACUCACUCCAGAAACAGAAGAGGAAAUCUUUAAUCAUCUGGAACGUAGUCAUGUUCAGAGAGCUAUAUUCCAGUGAACUGCAUGCUGUUCAUAAUGGGAUGGUUUUUAAUCAUUGUCAAAAUUUACCCUUUGGAUAUUUCAUCAAUAUAUAAAAGAUACUUUGAAAACCA